ACAAUUAGCUAGCAUGUAACGUUAGCUUUUUGUCAGUGGUGCCUGUGGGUCUGCUUGUUGCAAUCAUAAGCUCACACAUACUGUCACCGUAGUGGAACUGUUUGUUAAAAUGGAUAUUUUAGAAGACGAUGAUCAGGAUGAGCUGAAAUACAAACGUAGCGGCCGCUUGGAUAUGAGCCACGGCUUCCUGCACCAUAUCCGGAGGAACCAGAUUGCUAGAGAUGACUAUGAUAGAGAGGUGAAGCAAGCCAAAGAAGUGAAGCAAGCCAAAGAGCUUCAGCGGCGGAGGAACACCACAACCCCGAGACGACCCCGGCGGCCUGAUAUCCAAGUGUACCAUCCUCGACGCAGAUAUGAAUCAGAGCCAGGGGCCGGUGCUGAGGCUGAAGAGUCGAAUGAGAGUGGGUCAAGCACAGAGACAGAGACCCAUGGUACUGAACUCUUCUGGCUUGACUAUCAGGCGGACUCUGGUACCCUUACCUCCUUCCUGGUGCACAAGGAGGAUAAGCCUGAGAAGGUGGUGGAUCGUGUCACAGAGAAGAACAUCCUGGAUUCAGCCAUGAGGGCAGCUCUAGAGGCUCGAAUUCGGAAGGAAAUUGACAAAAGACGAGACAAACGUUGAGUGAUAUUCUCAAACAGUUGACUAUGAUGACAGAGGGGCAAUCAGCAAAGAGGAGCAAUACUUCAUUUUCAGUUCUGCACCUCUACAUAGCAUUAACGCUGUUGACAGUGUUGGGGACACACCGAGGACUCUGGGAUCAUGUACAGUGACUAUCAGCAGAGAUCCAACUUCAUGACCCACAGUGAAUCUGUCUUUUGUUUGUGAAGGAGAAGGAACAGCACUUAUCAAAGACAGUAUGGUUGGGAGUUGACUGUCAGGUUCAUAUGUACUACAUUUUUCUCACCUUGUAUUGUUACCUCACACCCUCAUUCAUAAGUUUAAGGACACAUUGUACACCUUCAAGUUGGACUGGACCUAUGAAAUGAUAUUGUUGCUUUCUAACAGCUAAAUCCAGAAAAGGAAUAUGUACUCUUUGACAGAGAGCACUGAUGACCUCCCUCCUCUGUUGAACAUGUCCUGUGUUUUUUUGUGUUUACAAAGAUCUAGCUUUUAUAAAUGAGAUUAAUCCUUUUUUUUUGGUAAAAUGCUGUGAACGGAGCAUCAGUCUGUCAGUGAUUCUAUGUUCGGAAAUGUGAGAAUGUAGAUUUGUUUCCAGUGUGGCUGUGGCCAUGAUGAUGUGUUUGUGUGUUUGUUUUGAGUAUUCUAAUUUAUUUUGGAUUUUUAAAAAACUUUUAUUUUUGAUACCGAAUAUUUUUUGAGGACACGAGUCUUUUACGUACAAAACAAAUGACACAUAUGUAUAAAAGCCCUUUAUUACUGUCCAAUUGUGUCUGGAUGAGCACUUGUGGAAUUGAACAGCCAUAAAAUGUGAAUGCUUUUUCUUAGUGUCUUGAUGUGUUGUAAAAACUCUCAAAUG